CUACCUCCUUUCUCGCACCGCUGUCGUCCACGACGGCGAGCUCCUCGUCGCUCUCGCCCCUCUCCAGAAAAUGUUUGGAAACAACACCGUGCAGUCUACGUGGGGGCAGACGCAGCCGCAACAGAACCAGCAGCAGGGGCCCUCCGCGUUUGGUCAGCCCAGCAACAAUGCGUUCGGAGCCGGUGGAGCCUUUGGUUCAAGCACACCCUCUACCUUUGGCCAACCACAACAACCACAGCAGCAGGCAAACCCCAUGUUUGGUGGUCUAGGAAGCACCCCCGGCAACACGGGCACAUCUGGCUUUGGUACUUUCGGGAACAACAGCGCGAGCACCUCUGCCUUUGGAGCACCCAAACCUACCACUGGCUUUGGCGGUUUUGGGGGCGGAGGUUCGACGUUCGGUUCGGGAACGAAUGCGUUUGGGACAAACAACCCGGCUGGGACGUCGGGUUCGAACGUGUUCGGGUCUAACAGUGGCCCUCCAAACGCCUUUGGUGGAGGUGGUGGAAUGUUCGGACAGAACAAGCCUACGACGGGUUUUGGUGUUACCACAGCGAAUACCUCAUCCGGACCGUCCGAUAGCGUGCCACCAGUGACGACAGGGUCUUCGAAUCCCCCGUUCAACGUGUUCACUGAGAAGGAUGGAACCACUUCCACCAUGCUGCAGUAUCAGGCCAUCACGGCCAUGCCCGCCUACCGUGGCACAUCUUUUGAGGAGAUCCGCGUGCAGGAUUACCAACAAGGGCGGAAAACCGCGGGAGCGUUUGGACAGUCAUCGUUUGGCGCGCCCGCAGCCGGGUCACAGCCCACGGGCGCCUUUGGCCAGCCUGCAACAGGGUCUUCGAUCUUCGGCGGCAGCGGCGGCGGCGGCGGAAACGCGUUCGGCAGCACGCCGAAUAACCAGCCAGCCACUGGAGCAGGGUUUGGUGGGUUUGGUCAGAACACUGGUUCGACAGGUGGCAGCAUGUUUGGUGGCGGUGGCACGUCGACCUUUGGUCAGCCUCAACAACAACAAUCAUCUGGGUUUGGCGGCUUCGGCCAGAACCAGCAGCAGCAGCAGCCGCAACAACAGCAACAACAACAGCCAGGCGCCGGCACUGGCAGCAUCUUUGGUUCGACCACCACCAACCCUGCAUUCAGUCAGCCAAACAAACCUACAACUGGCUUUGGCACUUUUGGUGGCGGCGCUGCUGGCAAUACUUUUGGAAACAAUCCGUCAACAAACGCUUUUGGUCAACCUGCCAACACCGGUACUACUGGCUCGAGUAUAUUUGGACAGCCUCAGCAAAAUCAAGGCACUAAUACCUUUGGUGGCUUUGGCGCGAAUAACAAUAACGCUGCCAAACCUUCAAUCUUUGGCCAGCCAGCCCAAGCAAACACAACUACUACUGGCUUCGGCGGUGGCGGCGGCCUUUUUGGAAACCCUCAACAGAACCAACAGCAAGGGCAGCAACCUGCAACAGGUGGGGGGCUGUUUGGGGGCAACGCUGGUGGUGGUUUAUUCGGCCAACAGAACCAACAGAACCAACAGCAACCAAACCAGCAACAGCCGGGUGGUCUUUUUGGAAACACUCAGACAACUCAGCCUUCCGGUGGCCUGUUUGGCAAUACGAGCGGAGGAGGAUUGUUUGGUAAUAACAACCAGCAAAAUCAACAGCCUGCGCAAACAAGCAGUCUAUUCGGUCAGAAGCCAGCUGGCGCAGCCGCAGGUGGAGGCCUCUUUGGUGGCUUUGGUGCCAAUACAAACAACACCACGCAAGGUACUGGCCAGCAGACCAACCUCUGGGGACAGCCAUCGGGACAGGCGACAACGCAGCAGCCUGCAUCGACGAAUGCGUUUGGCACGUCGCUCUUCGGUAGUAAGCCCCCUGGCGCCCCGAAUACCUCAACCUCGAACACUGGCUUUGGCAAUUCGCUGUUCGGCGGUGGGCUCGGCCAAUCAACCAACCUGAACGCAUCCUCUGCCGCUCCAGUUCAGGGCAGUCUCACUGCGUCUAUUGCCGAGCCGAUCAACAACAGCAUGCCCAUCUUCUCUCUUCUCCCUCCUGGACCUCGCUCGGUCACUCUCGACCAACAACCCAAAAAGAAGCCGGGCUUCUUUGUCGAUGUCCCGACGCGCUCUCCCGUCCCACGCCUCCAGCUAGGUUACGCCCCUGCAAACUCGAAGUUGCGAGGUUUCGGCGCUUCUACCGCAGGAGCCCAAGGCAACAACCAGUUCUCCAGCAGCCUACUGCCAAACGGGAAGUCCAACGCUCUGUCGUUAAGCAAGAUUGAAGGCAGAGCAUCUCCGGGGCCAGAUUCUCUGUUCGGCCGUAGCUCGAGUCCUGCGCUCGGCAGCGGGCCCAGACAGAGCGUAAAGAAACUUGUGCUGGACAAGAAGGUCGAACCAUCGGACCUCUUCACCAGGAGUGCAUCGCCAGCUGCCCGUUCGAGCCCAGGCAAAGUACUGUUCAACCCCGCCCUCAGCCAGGCCGCCCGGGAGAAGGAGAUCGCACGAGAAAAAGACGCGCUCGUGGCUGUUAGCGGACCGCAGAACGACGCAGCACCAACGAAGAAGUCCCUCAACCGGUUCUCUGCUCCCGGUACGAGCAGCGCUGUCAAUGAGGACAAGUUAGAACCCGCUAAGCUAAAGCACGGAGACUACUGGGUCAAGCCGGACCUGAAAGACCUUGUGCACGUCGGCUACGAGCAGCUUGUCGCAUUCGAGGGGCUCAUCGUCGGGCGGAUCGGCUACGGCGAGAUCCACUUCCUCGAGCCAGUCGAUCUGACGAACCUGAGCCGACUGGGCUCGCUGCUGGGCGAGGUCGUGCGGUUCGACGAGAAGGAGUGCAGCGUGUACCCGGACAGCGACGAUGUCGACAAGCCCACUCCGGGAUCGGGCCUGAACGUGCGUGCGAGGAUCAUUCUGGAGAACUGCUGGACGGUGGACAAGGCGACGAGAGAGCCGAUCAAGGACGAGAAGCACCCUGCCGCGGUGAAGCACCUGAAGCGGCUGAAGGGCAUGCGGGACACGCACUUUGAGAGCUUUGAUAUCAAGAACGGGAGGUGGACGUUUACUGUGGACCACUUCUAAAGCGUACCGUUUUGUUGUGUCCGUCUACCCAGUGGCUUCUCCCUCCCUCCCUCCUUGUAUCUCCGUUCGUCUCCUCCAUUCCACGCUGUGAUUACGCCUAUGCCUUUGUGAAGUCGUUUUGUUUUUGCAUAAUUUCUUUUGUCUUUAGUGAAUAUAUACGUAGCUAGUUGUAAGUAGAUAUGCCACUGCAACAAUUGCGAGGAAUGUAAUGAAGCUAGCUUUCCC